AUGGCAGCCCACAUGGCAGCCCACAUGGCAGCCCACAUGGCAGCCCACAUGGCAGCCCACAUGGCAGCCCACAUGGCAGCCCACAUGGCAGCCCACAUGGCAGCCCACAUGGCAGCCCACAUGGCAGCCCACGUGGCAGCCCACGUGGCAGCCCACGUGGCAGCCCACGUGGCAGCCCACGUGGCAGCCCACGUGGCAGCCAGGGUGGCUACCCGUGUGGCUGCCGCAGCGCGUAGCUUCUGUCUUCAGUCUAGACUCCCUUCUCAUAAACACAACUGA